AUGCCAGCAGAACUCAGAAGAUUACAAAAACGAGAGCAUCAGCUGUUGAAAUCGCUAGAAGGGGCGAGGUUGUUUAUCCAGAGGUUUGACGCUGAAAAGGAUGAAGGAAAAAUCAGUUUGCGACUGCAGGGGCUGGAGGACAUCUUCAAGGAAUUUUUCACUGUUCGUGGCCAAAUUGAGUUACUGUUGGAAGAUGCAGAAGUACAAAAACAUUCUAAUUCCGAACUGGAAGUGAAGCAAGAAGCAUUAACACAUCUUGACGAUGAAAAUGAUCGCGCUAUGCAGGAUUUCGAAGAUAAAUAUUAUGAUAUAAAGGCUGAAUUACUGACUCUGCUACCGAAUAGAUUGCCUACACUAUUACGUACAUCAUCACAUUCUUCUAUUGCACCAUCAGAUGGCACAGAACCACAAUUCUCCAAGGUUAAGCUACCUGAAAUCCGACUUCCUUUGUUCAAUGGGAAGAUAUUUGAAUGGGUACCCUUUCGUGACUCCUUUCAAAGCCUCAUUCACAUUAAUCCCCAGCUAUCAGACAUGGACCGCUUUACGUAUUUACGAUCAGCUUUAGUUGGCGAUGUGCUUCAGGAGAUAAGCUCAAUAGGAUUGUCAGCAGCUAAUUACAGUAUAGCAUGGACGGCAUUGCAAAAUCGGUUUGAAAACAAAAAACUAAUUGUUAAGGCACACCUAGAUGCACUGUUUUCUGUGGAGGGUUUGAAAAAAGAGAGUUACGAACAACUCAACCAUCUUUUAACCGACUUCGAGAAAAAUUUGCAAAUGUUGGAAAAGAUUGGUCAAGAUACGUCGAUGGGAGACUCACCACAAUUCGAAGGAUGUUCCAAGCUAUUCAGCAAUAAUGGCGUUUCUUCGGUGCCAUUGCGAUGUACUUCGGUCAGUGGAACCAGUAGCAUCCUCAAGCAAAUCAGAGCAGCGAUUGUCAAGAUCAACAGUUUGUCACGCUACCAUGACAUCGAUGAACAAAUGUGCAUUUUGUAG